AUGAAAACCUACACCGCGCCUCCAUACCAGCAGACGACACAUGACCCAAACUGUCCAAUGAAAACCUACACAGCGCCUCCAUACCAGCAGACGACACAUGACCCAAACUGUCCAAUGAAAACCUACACAGCGCCUCCAUACCAGCAGACGACACAUGACCCAAACUGUCCAAUGAAAACCUACACAGCGCCUCCAUACCAGCAGACGACACAUGACCCAAACUGUCCAAUGAAAACCUACACAGCGCCUCCAUACCAGCAGACGACACAUGACCCAAACUGUCCAAUGAAAACCUACACAGCGCCUCCAUACCAGCAGACGACACAUGACCCAAACUGUCCAAUGAAAACCUACACCGCGCCUCCAUACCAGCAGCCGACACGUGACCCAAACUGUCCAAUGAAAACCUACACCGCGCCUCCAUACACCUCACCAGCAGACGACACAUGA